CCAGCCGUUGCGCAUUCAAUUGGAGUCUUUCAUACAGACUCUCUAAUCGGCCCCGCACUCCGCGACAGCGACUCAAUCUUCCCCCUUCACAGCCCCUCUCUGAAUACCAUCAGCAGAAAUGGCGAACGCUCUAGACCACCUCAACUCCGGCAGGACCAGGAUCGAGUGGCUCAGUCAGCUCAACACUGAGUACACACCUGCCAAGGAGUACCGAAGAACCUCCAUCAUCUGCACCAUCGGUCCCAAGACAAACUCCGCCGAGAAGAUCAACUCCCUCCGCAAAGUCGGUCUCAAUGUUGUUCGCAUGAACUUCUCCCACGGCUCCUACGAGUACCACCAGUCCGUCAUCGACCAUGCGCGCGAGGCGGAGAGGACACAACCUGGCAGGCCUCUGGCUAUUGCCCUUGACACCAAGGGCCCAGAGAUCCGAACUGGUAACACUGUAGGCGAUGCCGACAUUCCUAUCAAGGCUGGCUCCAUCAUAAACAUCACCACCGAUGACCAAUAUGCCACGGCAUGCGACGACAAGAACAUGUACGUCGACUACAAGAACAUCACCAAGGUCAUCGCACCUGGCCGCAUAAUCUACGUCGACGACGGUGUCCUCUCAUUUGAGGUCCUCGAGAUCACAGACGAGCAGACACUCAAGUGCAAGUGUGUCAACAACGGCAAGAUUUCAUCCCGGAAGGGUGUCAACCUGCCCAAGACCGACAUUGACCUUCCCCCGCUAUCCGAGAAGGACAAGGCCGAUCUCAAGUUCGGUGUCAAGAACAAGGUAGACAUGGUCUUCGCCUCGUUCAUCCGCCGCGGCAGCGACAUCACUGCCAUUCGUGAGGUGCUCGGCGAGGAGGGCAAGGACAUCCAGAUCAUUGCCAAGGUCGAGAACCAGCAAGGUGUGAACAACUUCGACGAGAUCCUGAGGGAGACCGACGGUGUCAUGGUCGCUCGUGGUGACCUUGGUAUCGAGAUCCCACCCAGCCAGGUCUUCAUCGCCCAGAAGAUGAUGAUCACCAAGUGCAACAUUGCCGGAAAGCCCGUCAUUUGCGCAACCCAGAUGCUCGAGUCCAUGACCUACAACCCGCGCCCAACUCGUGCUGAAGUCAGCGAUGUCGGUAACGCUGUUCUCGACGGUGCCGACUGUGUCAUGUUGUCUGGAGAGACCGCCAAGGGUGACUACCCCGUCGAGGCCGUCACCAUGAUGCACGAGACUUGCCUGCUCGCCGAGGUCGCUAUCCCAUACGUCAACGCGUUCGAUGAGCUGAGGAAGCUGGCUCCCGUCCCAUGCCCUACUACCGAGACCUGUGCCAUGGCCGCCGUCAGUGCCAGUCUCGAGCAGAACGCUGGCGCCAUCUUGGUCCUGACCACGAGUGGUACCACCGCCCGCCUCGUCUCCAAGUACCGCCCCGUCUGCCCCAUCAUCAUGGUUACCCGCAACGAAAUGGCUGCUAGGUAUUCACACCUGUACCGCGGCGUUUAUCCAUUCUACUUCCCCGAGAAGAAGCCCGACUUCAAGACGGAGCCAUGGCAGGAGGAUGUUGACCGCCGUUUGAAGUGGGGAAUCAUGAACGCCAUCAAGCUCGGUGUUCUCAGCAAGGGAGAUCCAGUUAUCUGUGUACAGGGCUGGAGGGGAGGAAUGGGACACACCAACACACUUCGCAUUGUCCCAGCACAGGAAGACCUUGGCCUUGACCAAGACGCGUGAAGGUAGCGUCGGAGCGGACGUUUGGUUCUUUAGAUAGAAGGUGUGGAGUGCGCUGCAGGAGGCGCAUAUACAUGACUCGUUUGCGCAAAUGACGGUCUGGCGCAUAGGGACACAAGAUUUGGUGUAAACACUAGCGGAUCAAGCAAACUCUUUAAUGAUUACCUCUUCUCACAAGUUCCAA